AUGCGCGCGGAGACCUACUCGAGCAGCGGCGAGAACGCCCAGCCAGCCACGACCAACUACCUCCCGGUCACGAGCUUUGACACGAAGAAGCCGGUCUCCAAGCGCCCGUGGUACCGCGUCCGCGACCCGCUGCUGCGCGAGUGCAUCGCCGAGGUCCUCGGCACGUUUGUCAUGAUGGCCUUUAUCAACGGCGUCGUCGCCCAGGUCGUCCUCGGCGAGGGCAAGAACGGCGACUACACCCACAUCUCGAUCGGGUGCGGCCUCGCCGUCACCUUUGGCAUCCACGCGGCCGGCGGCGUCUCGGGCGCGCACCUCAACCCGAGCGUCUCGUUCGCGCUCUGCGUCUAUGGCAUCAUGCCGUGGCGCAAGUGGCCGUUCUACAUGCUGUCGCAGAUGCUUGGCGCGUUCCUCGGCGCACUCUUUGUCUUUAUCAUCUACCUCCCGGCCAUCAACGUGUACGACGGCGACCGCGUCUGGAACAAGACGGGCGGCAUCUUUGCGACGUACCCGCAGUCGUACGAGAACCACGGCAGCGCGUUCGUGUGCGAGAUGCUCGGCACAUUCAUGCUCCUCCUCACCAUCAUGAGCAUGGAGCAAGCGCAAGCAUGCAGCGCCUCUCGUAGCAGCGUGAGCUUGCUACUCAUGCUCACGCGCUACAAAUUCAACCUGGCCGACGCCAACUUGAACGUGCUCGCGGCGCGCUUGUCGCCGAUCGUGGCCGACGCCGACUUGGAAAGACCCAAGGCACCGGCGAAGUCGAUGAAGGCGCCCGAGAUUGCGCUGCAGCAGGACACGAAGAAGCUCACGAAACACAUUACGAUACCAACUCGGAAAAGCGCACUCACGCUCAAUAAGUAG